AUGAGGCGGAAGUUGCUUACUCAAGAUAAAAUCUUGUCAUGGGAUUUUUCGCGUAGGAAGAAUAUGAAUAUGAUGUGCUGUUUGCUUUGUUAUGCCAACCACGACUCGCAUAAUCACCUUUUCUUUGAAUGCAAAUUCUCUACUGAAGUGUGGCAUAAGGUUAGGCUGAAAGUUGGUAUGGUCUCGGUUCAACGUAAAUGGAAUGACAUUUCUAACUGGUUGAUUGAGCAUUCCAAACCGAAAACGGUUGCUGGGUUCGCAGCAAGAUUGGUAGUGGCGGCUUCUGCUUACUUUAUUUGGCAAGAGCAAAAUUCGAGGUUAUUCAAGAACCAAUUGCGGCCUCCGGAGUCUAUAAGUGAAAUUGUUCUUCAACAAGUGCGGUACAAGUUGAUGGGAGCGAAGCUGAAGAAUUGUGUCAAUGUCCGAAGGCUUCUAGAGGAUUAG